AGUUCUAAGCUGCGAGCUUCUAUAGACAUAGGCGCUUUCUUCUCCAAGAGUUCUGUAUUAUUUUCCUUCAACGAAGAGAUCCUCAAGUCAACCCCGUCGUGUCAAGCGUGACGAUUGCAAGAGGAUAGCUGAGAACGGAUAAAAGUGAUUAAGCCAGUCCAGUUUUUUACUGAGACUGUACAAGCGUGUGAGUAAAGUUGACUGGGGAAUGGAUAAUAAAUCCAGCAAUUGCUGUAAAUUGGAGAAUUCGCUGAAGGGGAAGCAUAGAAAGCAACAGAAAAGACUUUUACUUUGUUACAACUUUGAUGAUAAAAUCGCUAGAUAAGAGUCUGUGAACAGAUCAUAUAUAAAAGUAUAAAUCCCGUUCAUGCGAUGGCAUACUUAGAUGAUUAUAGAAAUUUUUGAAUCACUACUCUGGCUGUAUCGCUUUAGUAUAUGACAAGUAUUUAUUAGUGGAUAGAUGGUCUUCGCAGCGUGUAUUUGCACGCAAGAGUAAUAUUACCAUUCAGUACGUUUUGAACGUUAGUCCUAGUAAUAUAUCUAUCGUAAAUAAUUUUCGAAACUUCAUAUUUGUUAUGAUGCAAUUGUGAAUCAGUUUUAUAAGUGAAUUUAUUUUGAACAAUUUGGCUGUUUUAUAAUUCUUCGUUCAUUCUUUUUAUUCGUAGCAAUAUCAAAUAGUUAUCAUUCGAUGAUACAUAAUAUUCAAAACAAAAAUAUUUAUGAUGUAAUAUAAAUUUAUAAAAAAUAAUAUUUUAAAUGUGAAUUAUAACUUAUUAUAGCAUAUACAUAUAAAUUAGAUUUAAAUGUUUGCUAAUUUUAAUUAAAAAAUAAUAGUUUUAAAACGUGACAGUUACAGGGUGUUGGCCUACGCGUGUGUCAAUCCAUUGAUUUCGUAAGCGCACGUGUACAAAAAUCGAACGUUUACCCUUUUCUUUUUUUAAAAAGAAAAGAAAUAUGUUUCAGUUAUUUCUAUAAUGAUUUCUCUUUUCUGUAUAUAUUUUUAAUAAGAAUAUAACUACUAGUAAGAUUUUACUUUCAUAAUAGCUUUCCCUUUUUCUUACUUCAUUGAGAGUUUCUUGGAAGACCGAGUUUCUCGUUUUACUAUAUGUCUAAAGAAGUAUUAUGCAUGUAUACACAUCGUAUAUAUACAUUUGUUUGUUUGUGUGAAAAACCAACUCGCACGCGGGCAAGAUGGCUGCAAGUACUCCAUACUCGUCGAUUGGACGCGUCUGUUUUUAUCUUUGUCUCUUCACAAUUACGGUAAUCUGUCAUGAACAAAUAUCCCCGGGUAGUCGGUAUUACAGUCGUGAUGGAGUAUAUGUGCCUUUAAACGGGCCGGAUCAUCGAACCGACACUUAUGUUUACAAAGACAGAAGGUAUGGAUAUCGUCCUAGUUAUUUGGACGUUGUUUACAAAGAACAUACCAAAGCACCGGAGAAUCGGUAUCUUUAUGAGGACACAACUUCAAGAUUUCCUUUACCUGGAGUGUUAAGUGGUUGGCGAGAAGAUCUUCAAGGAAAAGAGAGACCUGACUCUAAAAAUCUACAUAGAGAUGUAACUGUGAGCACAAAUUAUGGACAAGUGCAAGGGUUUAAAGUUUAUUUAUAUGAUAGUCCUCAAGCAAGACAUAGGCCUUGGAGUUUACCAGUUGAAAGAGUUACAAAGCAUGUUAAUGUAUUCCUUGGUAUUCCUUAUGCUAUGCCACCUACAAAGGAAGGACGUUUUAAACCACCUAGACCUCAUAAAGGUUGGCAACUAUUACAAGCUGUGGAUUGGGGACCAGCUUGUCCUCAGCCUAGUGCAUAUACUGGUGCUACUAAAGGAAUCCGAGAUGUAGAUGAAGAUUGUUUGUAUUUGAAUAUUUUUACUCCAUCAAUUGAUUCUGGUUUAGCUCAGCCAUAUGCAGUGAUGUUCUAUAUUCAUGGUGGAGAAUUUUCUCAUGGAGCUAGCAAUUUAUUUCCAGCUCAUAUGUUAGCUGCAUUUUAUAAUGUAGUAGUUGUUUCUAUUAACUAUCGAUUGGGAGUUUUAGGAUUUUUAAGUACAGGAGAUGAAAAUAGUCCUGGAAAUUAUGGAAUUUUGGAUCAAGCUAUGGCAUUGAGAUGGGUAUAUGAUAAUAUCAAAGCUUUUAAUGGUAAUCCUGAUGCAAUAACUCUUUUUGGACCUGGUGCUGGAGCUGUAAGUGCAGGGUUAUUAAUGAUUGCACCCAAAACUAGAGAAAUGGUAUCAAAAGUAAUAGCUCAAUCAGGUUCUGCAUUAGCAGACUGGGGAGUUAUAAUAGAUAAAUACAGAGCACAAAAUACAUCCAGAGUAUAUGCAGAAAUGUUAGGCUGUAGCAUAGAAAGCAGUUGGAAAUUGGUACAAUGCUUGAAAAAUGGUAGAUCUUUUUUUGAAUUGGGUAAUUCUGAAUUGAAGCCACAUAUUGGAAUGUUUCCAUGGGCACCAGUAUUGGAUAUCAAUUUCACAAUACCUGAUAAUUGGUAUGAAGAUUGGAGAGCAUCAGAUUGGCGUUUUUUUAUGGAAACACCUGAAGAAAGUAUAAAGAAUCAUAGGUUUAGAAAUAAUUUAGCAUAUAUGGCUGGUGUAACUACUCAAGAAGCAGCAUAUCUUAUAUAUAACAAUGUCACAUUGGCCAGAAAUCAAUAUAUUAUAGAUGUAGAAUUAUUCGAACAAAAAAUCUGGGAACUUGUUCUUCAAUAUAAUUAUACUUUAAAUUCUCAAGGAGUAUAUGAAGCUAUAAAAUACAUGUAUACAUAUUGGCCAGAUCCAAAAAAUAUUACACAUAUUCGUGAUCAAUAUAUUAAUCUUUUAUCUGACUUUCAUUAUGUUGCUCCAUUUGAUAAAAUGGCGAAAUUGUUAAUAGAAAAACAUGUACCUACGUAUUUAUAUGUAUUAAAUACAACAGUGGAAGCAUUAAAAUUACCACAGUGGCGAAGCGUUCCUCACGAUAUUGAACUUCUUUGGUUAACAGGAGCACCGUUUAUGGAUAUUGAAUUUUUCCCUCAGAAGUGGAAUUUAAAGAGAGAUAUGUGGACAGACAAUGAUCGGAAUAUGAGUCAUUUUUUUAUGCAGACAUACUCAAAUUUUGCAAAGUAUGGAAAUCCAACACCAUCGCAAAUUUUAGGAUUACACUUUGAUGUUGCUAAGCCCGGUCAAUUACGAUAUUUAAAUAUCAAUACUACUUUCAAUAGUUCAAUUUUAUUGAACUAUAGACAAACUGAAAGUGCUUUCUGGUCUAUAUAUUUACCAACUGUUAUCGGUCGUUUAGUACCUACAUAUCCUCCAGUUACUGAAUAUUGGUGGGAACCAAAACAACCAUUGCAAAUUGCCUUUUGGUCAGUUUCCACUGCUUGCCUGUUAUUAAUCGUGCUUUCCGUAGUAUGUUGUAUGCUUUGGCGCAAUGCCAAAAGACAAUCUGACCACUACUAUAGCGGAGACAUCCUGAUGGUACGAGACGAUGAACCUUCGGAGGGAAUCGAGAAUAUAACUCGUACUUCAAAGGAAAAUAUUCAUGAAUAUCGUGAUAUGCCACCAAUCAAAUCUAGAAUACCGCGACAAAAUGAAAUAAAGCUUCAAGAACGAUUAGCACAUAAUCGAAAAUUUAGUUCGACUCCAUCGCUAAGAAGUAACUCUAAUACUUCAUUGAAAGAUAUGCGUUCGGAAGGAUUUGUUACCAGUUCACCAAAUGGACAACCUAAAUUAAGCAAAGCUAUGAGUCAGUCUUCGUUACCCAAAAGUAAAAGCAAGACACAUUUAGUUCAAGAUAUUAAAAAUGUCUAUUAUAUAAUUUUACAAAUCAUGAUAACCAUAAAUAAUAUUCUAAUGUUUAAUGAAAGAUAAAAAAACAUGGGACCAAAACGUGUAAACGAACCAAAAAAAUAUGUGUCCAAGGGCAAAGAACGAGUGGAUCGUGAACAACAAACGAAAAAUCAAUUUGAUCCUCUUUAUUUAGAAGUCAAACAUCUUGAAACAGCGAUAUUAUUACUACAAUGUGAAGAGAAACCUAUUUUGUUAGCUGCUGCAGCAGCUUUGUCAAAAUUUGGCAGUAAAUCUCAGGAAAAUUUAGAAGUUUUAUUCGAUCUCGAAAUUGUGAAUAAUAUAAUUCCAUUGAUUAAACACGAGGAUUUAUUUACUCGAAGGUUUAUUUUAAUAUUUUAAUAAAAAUUAUUCAUAUAUAUAUAUAUACAUAUAAAUUUAUGUAAUAAAAUAUAGAUUUGCCGCAAAAUUGUUAGCCGAAAUGAUAGCUAUUCCUAAUGUUCGUAAUUUCAUCUUGGAAUCAUCCGAAUAUUAUAUCCCAUAUUUUAUCAAGGUUGUAAUCCAUGAAAAUGAUAUCUUCCUGCACGAAUUUUCAUUGUUAAUUUUAGCAGAAAUAACUAAAGACAUAUUUGGAGUAGCACAAUUAUUAAAACAAAGUUCAGAUGUAGAUUUUCUGUUCGAAAAACUUUACUCACCGGAUCCUGACGUGAAGAAGAAUACAUUACAAAUUAUAUAUAAUCUAUUGCAAGACCCUUUAGGCGCAGAGAAAAUCAUUGAAACUAAGGUUCAUUAGGAUGAAAAGUUAAACGAUAUAUUUUGUUAAAUUUUUUCUGCAUUUGUGAU